AUGAAAAUUGUAGUAACAUCAUUCAAUAUUGGAAUCCAAGGUGGAAAAGAAUUGGAUGACUCUGAUGCAGUUAGAACAGAAUUAUUUUUUUCAGAAGAUAAUCCAGAAAGUGGUGAAAAUUCUGAAUUAAAAAAUAAUAUUCUAUGUUUACAAGAAGUUGGUUCAAAAUUUGGUGAAUUAAAACCAUCAAAAUUUGUAAACAUAAAUAAUAUAUCAAACAAUCUUGAAAAAGGAAGACAACUUAGAAUUGUUUUUGAUCGUUCAGAAUUUAGAUGUGUCAAAAUCGUUGAAACAACUAUUAGAAUUCAAAUUGUAAUAUUGGAACAUAUAAAAUCAGAUAAUUAUUUUAUAAUUGUAAAUUGUCAUAUUGGUCAAAUUGGAAAAGUAAAUAGUGAUCAAGAAUUGGAAAUUUUAAAAUCAUUUAUUUCGGAAAUUGAUAGAAUGGAAUAUCCAAUAAUUGUUGCUGGAGAUUUUAAUAGACCAAAAGAAAAAAUUGGACAAGAUAUUUUAAAAUAUUCAAAUAAAAAAAACCUUAAAACAACAAAUUCACAACACAUUGACCAUAUCAUGUAUCAUAAUUCAUUUUAUAAUGAAGUUUCAUGUAAAGUUUUAAAAAAUUUAUCAAAUGAAAAACCUGGAUUUUCAAUAAAUCAUCAUGCUCUUAGAUCUAAAUUUUCAAUUAAAAAAAAUUUUACAAAUAAUAACUUUAUUCAAAAAAUUCAAAAUAUUUAUAAAUCCGCUUGUUCUGACAAUAAUUAUCAUCAAUAUGCUGUUGUUGAUGAAAAUGAAUUAAAUAACAGAAAUAAUAAUUAUAAUAAUAAUAAUAAUAGUUAUAAUAAUAUUAAAGUUCAACAAAUAACUAAACAAGCUAUUAAUGUUGGUAGUUAUAAUAAUAAUAAAACCAUCUUUAAUAAUAAAAUUAAAAAUUAUAUUCAAAGUGAAAGUGAAUCUGAAAGUGAAAGUGAAAGUGAAAGUGAAAGUGAAAGUGAAAGUGAAAGUGAAAGUGAAGAUAUUCAAAAUUUAAAUGUCAAAAGAAAUUAUGGUAAUAAUAAUAAUAAUAAUAAUAAUAAUAAUAAUAAUAAUAAUAAUAAUAAUAAUAAUAAUAAUAAUAAUAAUAAUAAUAAUAAUAAUAAUAAUAAUAAUAUUAAAAUUAUAAUUAAAAGUAAAGUUUAUAAUAAUUCUGAUGAUAAUAAUAGUUACAAAAAUCAAUUAAGUGAUAAAGAUAAUUAUAAAACAAAAAGUUUAAAAGAAAUAUUAGAAGAAAUUUGGAAAAAGGAGAAUAAUUGUACAAAACUCAAUAUGUCAGGCCUUUUUAGAUUGUUGGAGGAUGGUUCAUUUACUUAUGACCAAUUAUAUUAUUUUAUAAAUACUAAUCCAUCAAAUCAAGAUUGUAAGAAAUCAAUAACUAAAUAUCUUAAAAAUCGUAUUAUAAAUUAUGAUUCCAUUAAAAUUAAAUAA